AUGAUUCUUUCUACAUAUCACACCAUCCAGUCUGUUUUCUGCUGCUGCUGCUGCUGCACAGUGCAAAAAAGAGCAAUGAGAACAAAAAUGAACCUGGACUCUGAUACUGGCCUAGUGACCCAAUACUCAACCUCACAACCAGCUGUUUCCUAUGCAUCUACUUGGAAGUGCAGGCAUAAGAGGCAAUUGCAGUUAAAGAACAAGCCAUUACCUCCUCUACCUGCUGAGGCUGUGGAAGACUACACAAAAAACCCCAGAGUUAUUGCACUCUAUGACUUUUUUGCUAGAGGACCCUUGGAUUUACCGCUCAAGAAGUCAGAAGAAUACAUUAUCCUUGAACAGUAUGAUCCCCACUGGUGGAAAGCAAGAGACCAGCAUGGGAACGAAGGUCUAAUUCCCAGCAACUACGUUACUGAGAACAAGAAAAGUAAUUUAGAAACAUAUGAGUGGUACUGCAAAAACAUAAACAGAAGCCAGGCAGAACUUCUCUUGCGCCAGAAGUCCAAAGAAGGCGCAUUUGUUGUCAGAGAUUCAAGCCAACAGGGACUCCUUACACUGUCCAUGUAUUCGCAGGCUAAAGGAAGUCAUAGUGGAGAUAUUCGACAUUAUCAAAUUAAGAAAAACCACUUGGGACAAUAUUAUGUGGCAGAAAAAUAUCUCUUUUCAUCUGUUCCUGAACUCAUCGAGUAUCAUCAACACAAUGCUGCAGGUCUUAUCUCUCGUCUCCGACAUCCAGUUGGAUCAGCUGGAUGUUCUUCAACAGCAACAUCAGUAUUGAGUUAUGAGGAGUGGGAAUUAAACCCAUCUGAAUUGGUGUUCAUGAAAGAACUUGGGCGCGGGCAGUUUGGAGUUGUUCACCUCGGUAAAUGGAAAGCCACCAUCAAGGUUGCCAUCAAAACAAUCAGUGAAGGUGCAAUGUCUGAAGAUGAUUUCAUCGAAGAGGCCAAAGUGAUGAUGAAACUUUCCCACUCAAAGCUGGUCCAGCUUUAUGGAGUGUGCACACGUCACAAGCCUCUCUACGUUGUGACUGAAUUCAUGGAAAAUGGCUGCCUGCUCAAUUACCUUCGGCAAAGGCGAGGCAAACUUGGCAGGGACGUGCUGCUGAGGAUGUGCCAGGAUGUGUGUGAAGGGAUGGAAUACCUGGAAAGAAAUAACUUUAUUCACCGUGAUUUAGCUGCAAGAAACUGUUUAGUCAACAUGGAGCACAUCGUUAAAGUAUCCGACUUUGGUAUGGCGAGGUAUGUCAUCGAUGACGAAUAUGUCAGCUCUUCAGGUGCCAAGUUUCCAGUCAAAUGGUCAUCUCCUGAAGUCUUCCAUUUCAAAAAAUACAGCAGCAAAUCAGAUGUCUGGUCAUUUGGUGUACUGAUGUGGGAAGUUUUCACAGAAGGCAAAAUGCCUUUCGACUGUAAGUCAAAUUCUGAAGUUGUCUGUGAGAUUUCUCAGGGUAAUCGACUUUAUCGACCACAUUUGGCAUCACAUAAUGUGUACAAAGUCAUGUACAGCUGCUGGCACGAGAAACCUGAAGGACGUCCUACUUUUGCAGAGUUACUAGAGACCCUCACAGAUAUAGUGGAGAUGGGAUAA